GGUCAUUUCCGGUCGCGUAAAAACUAGUGAUUGCGUUAGCCAGCGGUGAUAAUUUUGUCGGGAAAGAGAUCUUGGGUAAAAUAGUAGCAAGUGUAGAGGAAGCGAGUAAAAAUUAUUUAUUAGUAUCGUGUACAACAUGGCUCCGGUUCGAGGAGAUGGAAUGCGCGGUUUGGCGGUGUUUAUCUCGGACAUCAGAAACUGCAAAAGCAAAGAAGCGGAAAUCAAGCGCAUUAAUAAAGAGUUGGCAAACAUUAGGAGCAAAUUUAAAGGCGACAAAACUUUGGACGGAUAUCAAAAGAAGAAGUAUGUGUGUAAGCUGCUCUUCAUUUUUCUUCUCGGUCAUGACAUCGACUUCGGUCACAUGGAGGCGGUCAAUUUGCUCUCUUCCAAUAAAUACUCAGAGAAACAAAUCGGGUAUCUGUUCAUUUCGGUGUUGGUCAACACGAAUAGCGACCUGAUCAAGCUUAUUAUCCAAAGCAUCAAGAAUGACUUGCAAUCGCGGAACCCGAUCCACGUCAAUCUGGCUCUGCAGUGCAUUGCAAACAUCGGCAGCCGGGAUAUGGCCGAAGCUUUUUCGAAUGAAAUUCCUAAAUUGCUCGUAUCCGGUGACACGAUGGAUGUGGUAAAGCAGUCAGCGGCACUGUGUCUGCUCCGUCUGUUCCGCACCUGUCCGGAUAUUAUUCCUGGCGGUGAAUGGACCAGUCGCAUUAUCCAUUUGCUGAACGAUCAGCACAUGGGUGUGGUGACUGCAGCGACGAGUCUGAUUGACGCGCUGGUUAAAAAGAAUCCUGAAGAAUACAAAGGCUGCGUCAGCUUGGCCGUAUCUCGGCUUUCCCGCAUCGUGACGGCGUCUUACACCGAUCUGCAAGACUACACGUAUUACUUCGUCCCGGCUCCGUGGCUGUCAGUGAAGCUGCUUCGCUUACUGCAGAAUUACAACCCGCCGACGGAGGAUCCAGGAGUUCGGGGUAGGCUGAACGAGUGCUUGGAGACGAUCCUCAACAAGGCGCAAGAGCCGCCGAAGAGCAAGAAAGUGCAGCACUCGAACGCGAAAAAUGCGGUCCUGUUCGAAGCGAUCAAUUUGAUCAUUCACAACGACAGUGAGGCGAGCUUGCUGGUGCGCGCCUGUAAUCAGCUGGGCCAGUUCCUGAGCAACCGCGAGACGAAUUUACGCUAUCUCGCACUAGAAUCAAUGUGCCAUCUGGCUACUUCUGAGUUCUCGCACGAGGCAGUCAAGAAACACCAGGAGGUGGUGAUUCUUUCCAUGAAGAUGGAGAAAGACGUGUCCGUACGUCAGCAGGCCGUCGAUUUGUUGUACGCAAUGUGCGAUCGUUCGAACGCCGAAGAAAUAGUGCAGGAGAUGCUGAACUAUCUGGAGACUGCCGAUUAUUCCAUCCGGGAGGAAAUGGUACUGAAGGUUGCCAUCCUGGCCGAGAAAUACGCCACCGAUUAUACCUGGUACGUGGACGUUAUCUUGAAUCUGAUCAGAAUCGCAGGCGACUAUGUGUCAGAGGAGGUGUGGUACCGCGUCAUCCAGAUUGUGAUCAACCGCGAGGAGGUGCAGGGCUACGCCGCCAAGACCGUUUUCGAAGCGCUGCAGGCCCCAGCGUGUCACGAAAACAUGGUUAAAGUGGGAGGUUACAUUUUGGGCGAGUUUGGUAACUUGAUUGCGGGAGACUCGCGAUCGGCGCCGAUGGUGCAGUUUAAGCUGCUCCACUCGAAGUAUCAUCUGUGCUCGUCUAUGACGCGCGCGCUGCUCUUAUCGACUUACAUAAAAUUCAUAAACCUGUUCCCGGAAAUUCGCGGGACUAUUCAGGAUGUGUUCCGGCAACACAGCAAUUUGCGAUCGGCGGAUGCCGAAUUGCAACAACGCGCGAGUGAGUAUCUUCAGCUAAGCAUCGUUGCUUCCACCGAUGUUUUGGCUACCGUUCUCGAGGAGAUGCCCUCGUUCCCGGAACGAGAGAGCUCCAUUCUAGCGGUGUUGAAGAAGAAGAAGCCGGGUAGAGUACCGGAAAAUGCGGAAAUUCGCGACAACAAGAGCCCCGUACCGAACAGUCACAACGCUCACAAUAAUGCUCAAACUAAUCACACAUCAAGUUCCAACAACGCUAAUGCGAGUUCAGAUUUGUUAGGACUUAGCACUCCACCGGCCAAUCAGUCUGGCACAUUGAUAGACGUGUUGGGCGACAUCUACAGUACGACUAACGGAAACAGCAAUGUGGUCAAUAAUUCCAAAAAGUUUGUCUUCAAAAAUAAUGGAGUUCUGUUUGAAAAUGAUUUGCUCCAGAUUGGAGUGAAAAGUGAGUUCCGUCAGAAUCUUGGUCGCUUAGGAUUGUACUAUGGCAACAAAACGCAGACAGCCUUGCAAAACUUCGUGCCCACGCUGCAAUGGUCGGCAGAAGAUGCGCUUAAGCUCAACGUGCAGAUUAAGGCAGUUGAACCGACGCUCGAAGCCGGGGCACAAAUUCAACAACUACUGACUGCAGAGUGCAUAGAUCAUUACCUUGGCGCACCUUCCAUAAUAAUUUCAUUCCGUGUAAACGGUGGGGCACAGCAAAAAAUUACGGUCAAUCUUCCAUUGACGAUCAAUAAGUUCUUCGAACCAACCGAGAUGAAUGCUGAAUCGUUCUUUGCGCGGUGGAGAAACCUUGGAGGUGAGCAACAGCGAGCACAACGCGUAUUUAAGGCUCAACAGCCGCUUGAUUUGCCAGGAGCACGGAACAAACUCACUGGCUUUGGCAUGCAGCUUCUGGACAGUAUCGAUCCAAACCCAGAUAACAUGGUCUGUGCAGGAAUAAUUCACACGCAAGCACAUAAAGUGGGAUGUUUGCUUCGUUUGGAACCGAAUAAACAAGCACAGAUGUUCCGAUUGACCAUUCGGUCGAGCUUAGAGGCAGUAACGCAAGAAGUGUGCGACUUGUUGGUGGAUCAAUUCUAA